AUGGGUGGCGAUCUGAACUUGAAGAAGUCAUGGCACCCAUCGCUGCUCCGCAACCAGGAGCGCGUAUGGCAGCAGGAAAAGCGCGCUCUCGACGAGCGCAAGAAAGUCGAUCAACUGCGACGUGAACGCGAAGAAGAGCGCCAGAUCCAAGAGCUCCAGCGCCUGCAAGAAGCCUCCGGCAAGACCGCGCCAAUAUCUCGAGUCGACUGGAUGUACCAGGCCCCCUCCAGCUCAACGGGCCACUACUCUGAAGAAAUGGAGGGAUACCUGCUGGGAAAACGACGUAUCGACGGCAUCCUGUUGAAAAAUGACACCGAUAACCAGAAGCUCGAGAAGGGCGCGGACGUGGUUGGGGCGAAUGCGGCGGCUGGCCCGUCAGUCGGAUCUGCGCGUGACACCAUGACGAAAGUUCUGAACGACCCGCUGCUCGAAGUCAAGAAGAGAGAACAGGCGGCAUAUGAAGCUGCGGUUAUGGAGGCUGCUCGGCGCAAGGAGAGGGAAGCGCGACGCAAAGGCGAUAGUGGUCGGGAAAGUGGCCGGGACCGAGAUCGUCGCCAUCGCGAUCAUGAUUCCAAGCGCCAUCGAUAUAGUGAUGAGGGAGAGGAUGAUCGCCGACACCGUCAUCAUAGGAGCGAGCGUCGGCAUCGAUCUAGGUCGCCAGCUUCGCCAGAGCGAUCUCAUCGCAAACACCGCAGCGAGCGAGACCGUGAAUACGACCGUGAUCGCCGAGAGGAUCGACGCCGGGGCGAUGACCGUGACCGUCGAGAUGACGAUCGCGACCGUCGAGGCGAUCGAUCUCGCCGAAGCGACCGCGACCGCGAUGGUGAAAGUAACCGCCGUGACUACAGAGAGAAGAGGGAUUCCUACACUGGCCAAGCUGGAGAUCGAGAUUCGGGUGCUAGGCGUGACCGUGAUAAUGACCGUGAGAGAUCCCCCCGACGAUCAUCACCUCGCCGAAGCUCCCCUUCUUCGCAGCGAGCCCAACCCCGCAACGAUCGUGGCAACGACGACCGACGAGACUACCCUCGCCGCGAUUACAAUAAUCGCAAUGACUCAUACAAUCGAAAUCGCGGCCCACCUCCUCCCCGCACCGCGCCUAGCAAGCCAGAUCCCAAGCAGCAGGAGGAAGAACGCCUCCGCAAGCUUGCGGAAAUGCAAUCAAACGCUAGUGAGAUUGAAGCAGAACGACGCCAGCGGAUUUCUGAGAUCAGUGCGAAAGAGCAGGAAGAGAAGGAGGCUGAUGAUAAGCUACGCUCUGACCGUGGUCAAUUCAUGUCCAAGGUACAUCAGCGUGUGCAGGAAGAUAGCCUGGAUGAACGCAUUCGGCGCAGUCGAGGUGGACUGUCCAAGAUGGAGGAGGAUUAA